CACUUAGAAAUGGCAGAGACAAACACUACUUUUCUGUUCUAAAAUAUCUCAUUGCAGAGGAGAAUCUGAACUUUAAAGUCACAUGAUGAUGAAACCAUAGGUUUGCUAAACAUGCAACGUGUAUGGUUUGAAUGACUUCAGCCAAGUUCCUGUUUCCCUUACAGAACUGCAUGUUUUUUAGUCAGCAAGCGCCUGGAUUUUUCACCGUGAUGUACAGCAGCUGAAGAAGUUAUUGUAAUACACACACUCUGCUUUCUACAGAAAUAGAAAGGGCUAUAAGCUCCAAACAAUAAUUUCAUCUGACAUUUCUCAGUGAAAGGCUCAGCCUGUUGUUUCUGUGGAACAAUUCCUUGAAAAGUUCAGUUUCAAACAUCACUGAGCAGGAAAUAAGCACAGUGUGGAGAGAAAGAUGACUUCUCACAACAUGACGUGGAUCAGCUACCCAAGCAGAAGCCAGCCUUUCACCUCCCCAGAAGAAAUCGAAGCUGUCAUAGCUUCUCAAAAUAUCAUAUCCAGACUUAUGCACUGUUACAUUGCAUUUUUUGUACCCACAGGAUUAAUAGCCAGCAUAUGUAUUAUGAUCAUUUUCAUAAAGAAUCAUUUGCAGAACAAAAGAACAAGCUUGGACUUACUUCUGCUACACUUCACCAUCAGCAAUAUCAUAAUGAUUUUUUUAUCCUUUACUGUCAUCACUAGACCUGACUAUUUAAUAACAACCCACCUCGCCUGUAGCGUACUGUCAUUUUUUUUCAACUUUGCUUAUUUCAAUUCUCAGUAUGCUUUCAUUUUGACACUCCUCACACUAUUACUGGAGAGAUUUCCACCACGGACUGCUCUCUGCAAAGCCACCCAAAGACCCAUCCUGUGUGUUGGGCUUAUACUCACAUACACCUUGUGUUUGUCUCUGACAGAGGCAGUGCUGGUUGGCACUGAUAAUUAUCAGCUGAAAGCACAUUGCCAGUUGGAUCCUUUAUUUGCGUGGCCUGAAUACGAGAUUGUUAAAUUCACCUUUGGGUUUGGGAUCCCAUCAUUACUCCAGAUCCUCUGUUUUACUGUUCUAUGGGCUAAAGAAGCACCUGCUGGAGCUCCAGCCUUGCAGCAGCACAUCCGUGCUCACCUCGCUGUGUAUGUGAUCAGCGUGACGAUAUUUAUUUGCCGCCUGUUUUAUAACGUCAUGAUUCUCUUCAGGACAACCCUGAAACUACAGAGGAGCAUUGGAACUACGAAGAACGAGCUUGUGAUGAACAUUGCAGAAAUAGUGUUGUUCUGUGAGAGCUGUGCUAGUUUGGCAGUUAUACUCUGUUUUCAUAAACCAUGCAAGGAUGAAGUGCUUAAAGUCAUGCAGAAGUGCCGAAGGAAAACCCGCGCCAACAAUCACCUUGAGAUAGCAGAGACAGCCACGACCCAUCAAAGUGGGUCUCAGUAAUACCUGCUCUUCUAGACAAAUGUCAAUCCACUUCGCUUUUUAGCUUGUGGGUUUUGGUUUGGUUUUUCACUUCCUCAAAAAAAGGGCAAUUGUUCCUUCUUUAGAACCCAAACCUGGCCUAUCUUACAGCUAGCAGUACUGGAAGAAAAAAGAUGGUCAGUUCUAGUACUUACAGUGAUCUGUGAGAAACCUUCCAGGGUCUGGGGCUGUUUGGGGUUUUUUUCAUAUAUACAUAUAUAUUUAAAUCAUCUGGUUUACUGCAAGCAUUUCUUUUAAGUCACGUAGAAAGAUGAGUACUGUUGCCAUAGAGCUGCGCUUCUGUAAUAAUAUCAAUGCCCUAGCAGAGCUGCAAACAAAAAUGUGGCAGAAAGCAACAGUGAAAAAAGGUCAAAAUCCACAGUCAGAGCAUUUUCUCAGGUGUGCUUCCUCCUUUGACUUCUUACCCUUCAAAAUACUUAUUUCUAUAACACCAGUAUAUAACUGGAAUACAUAAUUCCAGUGGCAGCAGCAGAGAAGUUUUUGUCUGAAUUCCUAUACCAAAAAAAAAAGAAAGAAAGAAAAGAAGAAAUCAAAUUAAUGGAAACACGGGUCCAUAAAGAAAAGCUUUGGGUCCUUUGUGAGGCACUGAACUGGAAAGAUCAACAGGAUGGCUAAUUAAAACUUUGUGCAAGAAUGAAAGCCUUUUGUUAAUGUACUCUCAGCUUCCACUUUGCAUUUAGACUUACACAAUUAUUGAUUUAAGCCAUUCCUGAUGAGUUCAUUCAGAAGUAAGAAGUCAUUGGAAGAGUCACAUUCAGUAAUACACUAACUGAAAAACAGAGAAAAGCCAGCCCAGAACAGAAGAACUGAGGUGUAUUUCUAAGAAGGCAAACAAAAACCAAGCCCCAGUUCCUAACUGGAAUCAAGGCUCUGCUGGAGACAAGAUAAAAGCAUUGUACAUUUAGAUAAGAGUUGAUGGGCAAAUGGUGCAAAAAGAGGGAAAAAAUGUGAAUUAGAAUAAAACAGCCGUGGUGCAGGAGUUUGGAUGAAGCCCUGCAGGAUCAGUAGCUGAUGCAGGCUGAGAUGGAGGUGCAGAGCUGUAAAUGCUUGCUUUGAGCAUUGUUACUGCCACCAAAUCUGGCCAGGAGCCACAUUAGGCGUUUGCUUCAGCUUCAUCCUCUUAGAAAGGUGGAGAACACGGAAACAGGAAAAGCACAAAAUUGUACUAAAACUUGGAUAAGGAUGUAGUUUUAGAUAGCAAAGUUAUAAAAAUACAGCACUGU